AUGGGUGGGGGACAAAGUCACGACAACUGGGAAGAUGACGACAAUGGAGUGUGCAAACCAUGCUUUCUGUUCAAGGCACCCAUGAGCAGAAGCAAGAGAAGUGAUCCAAUGGGAACACCGAUGCCAGAAACCCCCAUAGUCGAUCGAAGGAAGCGUGAUGCUGCCGCUGCCAAGAUUCAAGAAUCAAAGAAGACUGACCCUGUUUUUUCUUCACAGUAUUUUGGGAUUGAGAAAGAGGUAGAUCCAAAGAACCCAAAGAACUCCGCGAAGAAUAAUCCUAGUGGACGAGCGAUAGUUCACGAGGGACAGGAUGCGGAGCAGCAAAUGCAAGCGAAAUACCAGAUGAUGGAGGUUUUGGGUGUAGGUUCCACGUCCACCUGCCAUCGUUGUGUGGACAAGCGAUCGAAUCUUCAUUAUGCUUGCAAGAUUAUUGACAAAAAGGUGAUCGAAGACAGAUUCCAAGGGAUGAUGGAUCAGUUUCACACUGAAAUUGAUGCGCUUCGGUCACUGGAUCAUCCGGCUAUCAUUCAAUUGCUUGAUGUCUACAUUACACAACAAAAGAUCUUUAUCAUUAUGGAACUUAUGGAAGGAGGUGAACUGUUUGAUUAUGUCGUGCAGAAAGGAACUUUAACAGAAGAUGAAGCGUCGAGUAUUGUUAGAAAAGUAACGGGGGCACUGGUGUACAUGCAUGAGAAGAAUAUCGUUCACAGAGAUUUGAAGCCUGAGAAUCUGCUCUUGCGACGAAUUCCAAGAAAUGCCGGUGACUCGGUUGAAGUAAAAAUCAUUGAUUUUGGACUUUCCAAGCUCAUGCAAGAACCUGUAGCGCGCAGUUUUCUCGGAACUCGAGGUUACCUGGCACCGGAAAUGUUACAGCGCAGGGACUAUACAAAAGCCGUUGAUACUUGGGCUUUGGGUGUUAUCGUCUUCGUUCUUCUCUGCGGCUGCCUGCCAUUUGAUGAUGAUUCGCAAACAGUCCCAAGCGAUGAUUUGGUUCGUACUAAAUUUGUGCUUCGAUUCCCGAGAUGGGCCAAGAAUCUGUCCGCAUCAGCAAAAGAUCUUCUGUCGAAAUUGUUGAAUGUGAAUCCAGGGGAAAGGUACUCAGCGGAACAAGCUCUGGCGCACCCUUGGGUGACGGGUAAAGCGGCACCAAAGGGAAAUCUGCUUGCAUCACCAGGUCGCAUCAGAGCCAGCCCGAAUGUCAGAGCAAAACAAAAUCGUUCAACACCAAAUCGCAAUGGCCGACACGGUGCAACUGGGAGCGGAAAGUACAUUCCGCCAAAUCGCUCACCAGCUGCAGGUGGGGCGACGACUAAGCGAGUGAUGGUUCGAAAAACAAGUAUCUAG